AGAAACAGAGAAUGAAGAGAGAGCGGUGGGUGCGGCCCACGUGCACUCCCCACCUGCGACAGCUCCUGAAUAACGCAACCCAAAAUCUCAUCCAAAAUCCUAAAUCUACGUAAUCAUCUCUUUCUUAUUUCCUUUUAUUUUUAUUUUCGUUGGUUAAAUUAUCAAAACCAUUAUUAAAAAAUAAAAAGAAAAGAGUUGAACUCGCCACCAACUUUUGUUCCAUUGUUUGGUAAGCACUUAGUAAACGAACUGUCUCUCCUCUCUCUCUAUCUCAACGGAUUUUCCAAAGUCUCUAUCAGUUCAUUGAAUUUUCAAAAGUCAAAGGAAGCAAAUGCAAGCAUCAUCAAUGUAUGCAAUUAAAGGUGGCUUAGGCACUGGUUUUCACUUUCAGCCACUUAACCGGAGGAUUAGGAACUCUAAUCAUACUUCAUUUACAUCACUAUCUGAUUUUAAGAAGAAUCUUUGCAUGACUACUAGUAGUAGGGAUAGUAACCGGAUCAGUUGCUGCGGAUUGGGUGCUGUUGAUUCGGUUUCCAUGGGGACUGAACUGGUCCGAACCGCUUUUUCUCGCUCUCGGUUUCCGGUUAAGGCUAUGGCUUCCGAUGGAGAUAUUGAAGAAGCUACUCCUAUUAUUAAUCCACCCCAAAGAAAGUCUACCGGAACUGUUUUGCCAUUUGUGGGUGUUGCUUGUUUGGGAGCUAUUUUGUUUGGUUAUCAUUUGGCGGUGGUGAAUGGCGCACUUGAGUAUCUUGCUAAGGAUCUUGGGGUAGCUGAAAACACUGUCUUACAAGGAUGGAUUGUUAGCACGCUACUUGCUGGUGCCACUGUUGGUUCAUUUACUGGGGGAGCCUUAGCAGACAAGUUUGGCAGAACAAGAACUUUUCAAUUAGAUGCAAUUCCUCUAAUAAUUGGAGCAUUCCUUACUACUACAGCACAAAAUGUGCAGACUAUGAUAAUUGGCCGUCUACUUGCUGGUAUUGGAAUUGGCAUAUCCUCUGCCAUUGUGCCUCUUUACAUAUCUGAGAUCUCACCAACUGAAAUCCGUGGUGCACUGGGGUCUGUAAACCAACUUUUCAUUUGUAUUGGAAUUCUUCUGGCUUUGGUGGCUGGAUUACCAUUAGCAGGAAACCCCAUAUGGUGGAGAACCAUGUUUUGUAUUGCAGCUGUCCCUGCUAUUCUAUUGGCACUGGGAAUGGCAUUUUCACCAGAAAGCCCCCGAUGGCUUUUUCAGCAAGGAAAAAUUGCUGAAGCAGAGAAGUCCAUAAAGACGCUUUAUGGAAAAGAUAGAGUUGCCGAGGUUAUGCUAGAACUAUCAUCUGCCGGUCAAGGUGGUUCUGCAGAGCCAGAGGCAGGGUGGCUUGAUCUAUUUAGCAGCCGCUAUUGGAAAGUUGUAAGUGUUGGUGUGGCACUUUUCUUUUUCCAGCAGAUGGCUGGAAUAAAUGCUGUGGUGUAUUAUUCAACUGCAGUGUUCCGCAGUGUUGGAAUUGCAUCUGAUGUCGCAGCAAGUGCUCUUGUUGGGGCAUCAAAUGUCUUUGGCACAACUAUUGCAUCGUCUUUAAUGGACAAACAAGGGAGGAAAAGUCUUCUAAUUACAAGCUUUUGUGGAAUGGCUGUUUCAAUGUUGCUGCUUUCCUUGUCCUUUACUUGGAAGGUCCUUGCACCCUAUUCUGGCACCCUUGCUGUUCUUGGGACUGUUUGCUAUGUCUUAUCAUUUUCACUUGGUGCUGGUCCCGUGCCUGCUCUUCUUCUGCCAGAGAUAUUUGCCUCCAGAAUCAGAGCGAAAGCAGUUGCUUUAUCCUUGGGCAUGCAUUGGAUCUCCAAUUUCUUCAUUGGUCUCUAUUUCUUGAGCGUCGUAAACAAGUUUGGGAUCAGCACUGUGUAUUUGGGAUUCUCAGCCAUCUGUCUUCUCGCCGUCUUGUACAUAGCGGGUAAUGUUGUGGAAACAAAGGGACGAUCCUUGGAGGAAAUAGAGCGCGCUCUUAACCCUGCAAUUUGAUUCCCUGCAAUUUGAUUCGAGUGUCUGUCGAAAGUGCGUAAGGUAAUAAUUCUGCUGCAGCUCUCCAUUGACCUUAAAAGGAGAUGGCACAUUUUCUUUCUCGGAUGUCCGCACUACUCAAGACAUUACUAGGCUGCUUCCUGUGCCCCAUUUUAGGGCCAAAUGUUAAAUCAGUUGUAACCAGCUUUUUCUGAACUGUCUGUUGUGUAAUCUUGGAAAUCGGAGUUGGGGCAGUGCUAAAUGAGGCCAUAGGAGCUGAAUGGUAAAUAUCCUGAUUGUUCAUGCAGUCAAUUUUGGCUGUGUGAUUUUUGCACUUAAUAAAACAGCUUUGCCAACAUCAAA